AAUUAUCGAAGAAGUGAGAAUAAGGCUUAGUUAUCUACCAUUUUUCCAUUGUACAAUGCGUACUGAAUGAAAUGUAUCCAGAGUGGGAACGAGCACUAGUCUGACCUCCCAUUUAUCGCAGCGAAUUUAUGGAAGCGAUUCAAGCGAAAGCGGUAGCGAAUCCAUCGUAGGUACAACUUACUCAAAAGAUUAUCGGACGGCAAAAUCAUCACAAAGCUCCUUGAACACCAAGAAGAGCCAAAAGUCAUCUACAUCCACAAGGGCUGAGUCAGAAUGGCUUGACUUCUCACUUGUCGGUGUUGAUAGCGAGGAUCUCGCUGGAUACAGUAAAGAAGUCAUGCAUUCCGAUGUCUACAACUUUAUACUCGAAGAUCUCCUGGAUCAUGAGCGAACUGCUGCUCGAGAUUUCCGACUAGUUUGUGAGAACUUACCUCGAUUGGUAGAGCCGUUGUUGGAAAGUUCUGCUGUGGCUGUACAGUUGACCAAGAAACUCAAAGAGCUGAGGGAUGCCCAAGCCAAGUUCUUGGAAGAACUGAGUAGCAUAGAAAACGCUUCACAACUUGCACAACGAUUACUAUGCGUAACGCAUAAUGUUCUGCCAAUCUACACCUCACUCUUGGAACAAUAUCCAAUCUACAUCGCUGCACUCGACCAACUGAGCAAGAAUAACUUGGAAUUCCGCAGUGCGAUCAGCAAGCUUGAGGAGUCAGGUCAAUGCUACAUAGCCUUCAACUGGAUUCUGUUGAAGAUCCUUCACCGACUGAUUGCUUGGCGACCGGUACGUCAAAUUUUGUGGGUGCCAUAG